GGGCAUGAAGUGUGCUCAAGGUGUUUUUGUGUUGUUAAUUUUGCUCGAGUGCUUACUGAGAUGGCGCAAUUUUCGAAAGACGCGGUAUGGUAUGGUUCGACCGCGAUACACUUCAGUCGCGUUGGUGGCUUUAUGUGAUUUGACGUAUUCCGCGCGCGGUGAUGACACUUGUCAGGUUAAUUUAUGAAAUGUCAAACGUUUUAUAUGUAAUUCGCGAGUGAAUAAACUGUAAACAAUUUGUUAGUGAAUUAAAUAUUGAUGCAGUGAAAUUUUUAUAGUGUAAUGGACUGUUAUUACUCCAAAUUUAGCCCAAGGCGUAAGUGACAAAUGGAAAGUUUACAUCGGUGAUCGAUACACUCAUGAUGCACCCAGCAGGAUACUACGCUAACCUUGCGAGCGGCGCGCUCGCGGCCGGCACCAUUGCGUCUCCGUGGAGCACGGCGGCCGGCGCGCCCGAUACCAACGGCUCGGGCGGCGCCGACGCCAAGCACCUCGACGUGGGCGAUGCCAGCGACGAUGAGAAGGAUAUGUCGGCGGCGGACGCAGAGGGAGUAUGGAGUCCGGACAUCGAGCAGAGCUUCCAGGAGGCGCUGGCGAUAUAUCCCCCUUGUGGGAGACGGAAGAUCAUCCUCUCCGACGAGGGCAAGAUGUACGGAAGAAACGAACUUAUAGCAAGAUAUAUAAAAUUAAGGACGGGGAAAACGCGCACAAGGAAACAAGUAUCUUCACACAUACAGGUUUUAGCUAGGCGGAAACUUCGAGAAAUACAGGCCAAGCUUAAAGUGGACGGUGGUGUGAUGAAAGAGAAGGCGAUGCAGUCAAUGAGCACACUAUCUAGCGCUCAAAUAGUGGCGGGUUUGCCUCACCCGGCGUACCAUCACACGCAAUUCUGGCAGCCUGGUCUGCAGGCCGGCACGUCACAAGAUGUGAAACCGUUCCCCGGUGCGGGCUACAAGGGCGUCCCCGGGGUGGGCGGUGUGGUGGGGGGCGGCACGGACGUCGCCCCCCCGCCCCCCUGGGAGGGGCGCGCGAUCGCCACGCACAAGCUGCGCCUCGUGGAAUUCUCCGCGUUUGUGGAACACCCUAGAGAUCCGGAUACGUAUCCACCGAGUACGGCGCCGGCGCAGCAUCUCUUCGUACACAUAGGUGGCACUGUUACAUAUGCGGAUCCUUUAUUAGAGUCAGUAGACGUGCAACAGAUAAACGACAAGUUCCCAGAGAAGAAGGGAGGUCUAAAGGAGCUGUACGAGAAAGGACCGCGGAACGCGUUCUUCCUUGUCAAGUUCUGGGCGGACCUCAAUACAAAUAACUUGGACGAUCCCGCAGCCUUCUAUGGCGUCACUAGUGUAUACGAGAGCAACGAGAACAUGACGAUAACAUGCAGCACAAAGGUGUGUUCGUUCGGCAAGCAAGUGGUGGAAAAGGUGGAGACGGAAUAUGCGCGUUUUGAAGGCGGCCGCUUCGUGUACCGCAUACAGAGGUCGCCCAUGUGCGAGUACAUGGUCAACUUCAUACACAAGCUCAAACAUCUGCCGGAGAAGUAUAUGAUGAACAGCGUGCUCGAGAACUUCACCAUACUGCAGGUGGUAUCAAACCGGGACACACAAGAAACAUUACUGUGCGCAGCGUUUGUGUUCGAAGUGUCGAACAGCGAGCACGGCGCACAACACCACAUCUACAGGCUGGUUAAAGACUGAAUUAACCACACACGGAUAUAUUGGCACGUUAUUUAUACUGUUUUUUUAAUGUCGAAAACGUCGCGUUUCAUUUGUUUUAGCAACUACAACUGUAACUGGGACUUGAUUUAAGAGAAACAUAUGUAUUGUGGUUUGUGGGUGUGCGAUUUUGCAACUGUAUCGACUGGUGCGAUGCAAUCUGUGACAGUUUGUUUUUUUUUUUCUUUAUUAUCUGUGUACGUCCGUUACACAGUUCUACAGAUUCGCAAUAAUUGAUUGACCUUUCGAAUGUUUUCAAAUUGUGACCUUUUUUUUUUGUUUAGUGCAAUAUUUUUAUUUGUGCAAAAUAUGUUUCGAAUAUAAUUUGAAAAUCAAAGCUUCUAGCAGUUUAAAGAUCGGAUAUACUCGUUAUUUACAACUAACAAUAACGCUUCAAAGAGAUUGUAUAUAAAUAUUGGCCUGUACCAAUUAUAUGAUUUAAUAUGAAAGUAGGUGAAAUCGUUAUUCUUAUAUUAACGAACCUUCAUAGCAAAAAUGUGAUCUGAAAAUAAUGCUACAAGUAUUUUUGUAAACGAAAUUUUUAUGUAUAGCUCAAUUUUAAUAUCGUAUAGUUUAACAUUGCCCGCGCGUGCGGACAGCCUACUUUUCUACACUUCUAUUCGUUUCUACAAGUUCUCAUUUGUCCUUCGUUUUAAUAAAUCUAAUAUUUGUAAGGGAUUAGACGCAUGUAAAAUAAAAUCAUAAUACUAAUAAAGAUUAUAAAUGAAUACACACAGUGCCUCUAAUAAUUAUGUUACAUUAACAUAAAUUACUUGAGCGUUUUUAAUAUUUUCACUAAAAUAGAGAAAUUAGUGAAGACAUUAAAACAUAGUGUAGAAAUUGUGAAUCAUGCAUAGUUCGUUUAAGUGUAAAGAUAAGGAAAUGUCUAAAGAGAAUUAUUGAAAUUUCGCUAAUGGUGCAGUUUUUGUUGCUUUUGCUAUUCUACUUAGACUAUAUUUAUUUUUACUUCACGUCCAUCGUAUUUUGUUUAUGAUUUAUUGAUUGAUAUUUCAUUAAUUAUGUUUCAUUUUGUAUACAUUGAAAGAAAUUGUUUUUUUUUUCAAAUGUUUUUAUCGGUUUUGCCUCUGCAGUUUUUGCCAUUGUUUUUGACGUGUACAUAAAGAAACUUAAGUGUUCAAAUGUUAACACGAUUACUGUAUCAUAUAAAUAGUGAAUAUCGUUUCUAUAACGUGUACAGUGUAGCUUAUAUAGAGAAUAAAGUAUUUUCUGAUUACCUUAAAACUCACGAGCAUAUCGUAUUCUUCAUGCAAAAAUUAUAUGACAAUAAGAUUAACGUUUGACAGCUAGAUAGUAUUUCUUACGAGUCGUCUUUAUUUAUAAAAUAUUAAUUUAGUUUAAAAUCGUUUUUUUUUUUUAAACAAACUCUGAGCUAUAUAUAAAACGCCUGGUUUUGGUAUUAAACAGUUUUACAUUGUCUUUGGAAAUUAUUUGACAUUAACUCGUUUACAAUGUUGCUACUUAUUUACAACUUUUUGACUAUAUUAACAACAGAGAUGGCGUUGCAGUAGCUUUAAUAAUCAGCACAGAUUCUUCUGGAAUAAUGCAAUUUUCUUACCAAUUUCAUUAAAUAUCAACUACGAACUGUAUCUUUGUGUGUUUGAUCAUAUUUCAACGUCUAAAGUACAAACGCACGUCGUAUAUCGACCCUCUCAAUACAUAAAUACGUGGCAAUGAUUUGAUCUCUCUUUUAGUCAAAUAUUUUAAAAACGGCGUCGUGAACGCUCUUAAGUUAAACAUCGGUAACUGUGCAUUACAUAGGUUUUAGUUGGAGACACGAUAGAUAAAUAUUGUUAGAUAAACAAUAAGAGAUUUUUUUGUAUUUAUUUCAUAGAUUUAUAUUAGAUAAAUUGUAAAGUGAAUAGAUUAAGGACGGAGUUUUUUUUUUUCUAAUAUGGCGAUGGUCGUUCGGAAAGUAAGAGUUAGUACUUAAGUGGAACUUAAUUUUUCAUUUGCUUGGUCGCCUUUAGUUUCCGAGAGGGCGAAUGAUUUCAUUGUUGUGAUUUUUCUUAUGUACUCAAACGAGAUUAUGUCUCUUUUGCUUUUAGUGACGCGGCAGAUGGCGUCGGAGGUAGAUAAUAUUAUAGCGUAACUUGUAAAUAUAAUUUAGUGCAUUUCUUUCGGUUGUAGCGUUCUAAGUGUAUUGUUUGCUUCUACAAAAGUCUUUCAUAUCGACAAUCUGCCAUAUCAAUAUGAAAAAUAUUUUAUAGUCUAUAGAUUUGGGGUGAAUCAUUUGUGUUAGUUUUAGUGUAGAAGAAUUUGAGUUUCUUUUGACAUUCUUCGAAUCCCUCCUUCUCAUAUAAUCGGCAAAUGAUUACCUGCAAAACUAUUAGACAAGUGUACAGUAUUUUAAAUAUAAUAUUACGUUAAAGAUUUGUAUGAAAAUUUAAUUAUAUUGUCUUCUUAAAA